AUGUCUCAAAAGAAUGUUGGUAAUAAUAACCAAAAACCUAGUCAGAAGCACGAGGAUGAAGAUGAAGGAACGAAGAAUACAGAACUUCCUUCUAAUACUAUAACUUAUUCAAGAAAUACUGGAACUUUUUCAACUAAUGAUGACGAAGACCCACAAUCUAUGCAGGAUCUUUAUGGAGAUGAUUUAGACGAUGAGGAUUUAAAAUAUGAUUUAGAACAUAAUGUACAUGGAUUACCUAGACGUCGCCACAAUAAUAAUAAAAAUACCCGUAAUGGUGCUGCACAAGAACAUCAAGUUUCUUCACAAUUAAGUCAAUGGACGUAUAAUAAUAAUAGAUCAAAACUAAAUGAAUCGAUUAUAAAAUUAAGAAAUUUAUUACAACAGAUUAAUGAAGAAAAUACCAAUAGACCUGUUCAAGUAGAUAUAACUCAGGAAUUACAAGUAUUACAGAUUAAUUUAAGAAUGGAUGGUCAUUAUAAUAAUAAAUCUAACGGGAAAAAUGAUUUUCAAUUAGAUAAUGAUGCAAUGGCAAUAUUAUUACAUAAUCAAAUAGAGAAAGCAAUUGAACAUUUAGCUUCAUUGAAACGUAGAGUAGAUGAUGUAUCCUCAAAAGUAUUUAUUACAGGUGAUUUAAAUACUGGGAAAUCGUCAUUUUGUAACAAUUUAUUAAGAAGACAAUUGUUACCCGAGGAUCAGUUACCUUGUACAAAUGUGUUCUGUGAAAUAUUAGAAGCUCGUGAAAAUGAAGGUCUUGAAGAAGUUCAUGCGAUACCGAAUAAUCUCGCCUCUACAGUUAAAGAAUGUGCUGAUAAAUAUGAUAUUAGAAAUCAUAUGACUUAUGAAAUACAUACAUUAAAUGAAUUGGAUGAAUUGGUAACACAAAAUGAUAAAUAUGCACUAUUAAAGAUAUAUAUCAAGGAUGAUAAGAGAACUCCAGAGAAAAGUCUUUUACGCAAUGGAACUGUGGAUAUCUCAUUAAUUGAUUCUCCAGGGCUGAAUAUGGAUUCAGUUCAAACAUCAGAAGUUAUGGCUCGUCAAGAAGAAAUUGAUUUAGUAAUAUUUGUAGUGAAUGCUGAGAAUCAACUAACUCUUUCUGCUAAAGAAUUUAUUGCACUUGCCUCAAGAGAAAAAAAAUUAAUGUUCUUUGUAGUGAAAAAAUUCGAUAGAAUUAAGGACAAAGAAAGAUGUAAAAGAUUGAUUUUAGAACAAAUAAAGGAUUUAUCACCAGAGACAUAUAAAAGAGCUAGGGAAUUUGUUCAUUUUAUAUCCGAACCUGAGUCAGAAAUUAGCCCACCAAACCCAGAUGAUAAUGGAGAUAGUGAUGAUAGUGACAAUGAUGAUAUAAAUAUAGAUCCUGAUUUUGAAAACCUUGAAAAUUCCUUACGUAAUUUCGUGUUAAAGAGAAGGUCUCAGUCAAAGUUAUUACCGGCCAAGACUUAUUUGUGCAAAGUUCUUUCUGACAUUGCCCAAAUUUCCGAUAACAACUUGCAGAUAUAUCGAAACGAGGAAAAUAAAAUCAAAGAGGAAUUAGUGUCCUUAACAGAUGAUGUAGAUAGGGUUAAGAGACAUUACAGAGGUGUAACACAAUCUAUUGAUAAAUUGUCAGAAGAAACUGUCACAGAGAUAUAUGAUUUCACGAAGAAUCAUAUCAUGAAUUGUCUCUCAAUUGAUUGUCAAGAUAUACCCCAAUAUCCUGGUAUUUCACGUCUUUAUGAUUUUGUAUUCCAAACAGAACAUUAUUUCAAGGAUCAAAUUAAGACUAGUAUUGUGGCAAGUGAACUGCAUGCAAGGCAUACUACAAAAGUUAUCGUUGAACAAAUUUAUUUAACGGGUAGAGACGAAUUAGGUGAUGAAUUCAUGUCUAACAGAGUAUUUGAUGUUGGAUUAAUGUUUAGCCAAACUACUCAUCAACUAUCCAAAAAUUUCUCUGUGCCCUUAACAUUUUCGGAUUUAUACGCUCCAUCAUGGGAUGGAUUGAUUGAAUAUCUAUCAUGGGCAUUAUUUAGCCCCAUGAAAAUAUCAUGGCAUAAAAAGCCUGCUGAAAUUGAGAAACCGACUGCAACCGACUCCAACAAAUCUAUCACCACUGCAGGUUCAGUAUUGGGCCUUGGAAAUUAUCCAUUAACACAAUAUUGGAAGAGACCUUCUUUGUUAUUCACUUCUAAAUUACCAGCAUUGGCCAUAUAUUCAUUUGGCGGUUCCAAAAUUGUAACGACAGUUAUCUUUAAUGGACUCAGUGCAUUUUCUUGGAAAUCACUUGGACAAAUUGCAGGUUCAGUUGUAUUUGCCGGCUCGUUACUUGGAAUGGCAUAUAUAAUUUAUGAUAUUCCUAGAGCAUUACCUCAAAACUUAUUAAUCAAAUACAAACAGCAUUUGACUGAGAUGGAUUACAUCCAUACAAAUGCCAGACGUAUCAGCAACGAAGUACAUGAUGUAUUAAAGACUCCAACAAGAGAAAUAGUUAAAACAUGCGAAUUGGAGGUUGAUAAGAAGCAAGGAAAGAAACAUGAUCUGGAAAGAAAACAAGAGAAUAACAGGAUCUCUAUAAAAUUCUUUGAUCAGAUCUUACAAAAGGCUACUUCUGAAAGAAACAUUGUUAAUAACAUCAACCUCGAAGUCGACUAA